AUGUCAGAAAUUAUGAAAUCUGAUGUCUACUUAAUUGAACGCAUAGACUCACCACGUGAAUCUCUUGAACACCUACGUUGCAUUUGUUUUAUACGACCAACUAAAGAGAAUAUUAGUAUGCUAUCACAGGAUCAUUCAAUAACUAAACAAUUACUCAAACAAUUAGCAGAGGCUGAUGAAAACGAAGUAGUCGUUGAAGUUCAAGAAUAUUUUGCUGAUUUUAUCCCUUUCUUAACAGAAAGUAGAGAUAUGAAUAAUCGAGUCCUAUGUAGAACUACUGAUGGUAUUACAUCGGUAUUGUUAGCUCUAAGAAAGUGUCCUGUAAUACGUUAUCAGAAUACAUCAGAAGCAGCUCGUCAAUUAUCUGAAUCUAUUCGUUCAUUGAUAUCUAGAGAGGCUGUAUUAUUCAAUUUUCGACAAACAGAACCUGCUCCAGUAUUAUUGAUUUUAGAUAGGAGACAAGAUACUGUUACACCACUUUUAUCUCAAUGGACUUAUGAAGCCAUGGUGCAUGAAUUAAUCGGUAUCUCACAGAAUCGUGUCAGUCUGGCUAGAGCACCAAGUGUGAAAUCUGAAUUGAAAGAGAUCACUUUAGAUCGGGAAUUCGAUGAGUUUUAUCGUACUAAUCAAUUCUCAAAUUUUGGUGAUAUUGGACAGUCAAUCAAAAGACUUGUAGACAAUUUUCAAAAAGCCUCCAAAGCUGUUGAUACAACGAAUUUAGAAUCAAUUGGAGAUUUGAAAAAAUUCCUGGAAAAUUAUCCUGCCUUUCGUAAGGCAUCUGGGGCUGUUGAUACACAUGUAACACUUAUGUCUGAACUAUCCAGAAUUGUUAAAGAGCACGCUUUACUGGAAGUAAGCGAAGUAGAACAAGAACUUGUAUGCCAUGAUAAUCAUGCUUCAGUUUUAUCUCGUGUCAAAAGUUUAGUGAGUGACCCACGAAUUCUGUUAUCUGAUGCCUUGAGACUAGUGCUUCUCUACGCCUUACGUUAUGGUAAACAGAAACAAGAGUUAGCUGGAUUAAUUCGUUCUCUGGUUACACGUGGUGCAACGGACGAAGAUAUUAGGAUUAUUGAGAAGCUAUUAGAGUAUUCAUGGCCAGUGUCUACGUCUGAUGGAUUCGAUUUAUUUCAUGUUGUAAAGAAUGUUGCAACGAGUAGUGGAUCAACGAUUGUUGAUGCACAGACUGCAACAAAAGCAAUGGCUUCAUUAAAAAACCACGAACCGUUAUUGGUAGAAAUUUUAAAUAAACUAAUUAAAGGUCAGCUACGUGAUGCGUCAUUUCCUAGCCUAGCUACAGGUACUUGUUGGAAAACUGUACCUAGUGGACAACGUCCAAAGGAAGUUAUUGUCUUUUUUGUUGGUGGUGUCACUUAUGAAGAAGCUUGCAGUGUACAUAAGAUCAAUUGUUCAACACCGGAUGUGGAUAUUAUCUUAGGUGGUACAUGUGUUCAUAAUUCUAGAACAUUUUUGCAAGAAGUGUCCGCAGUUACAAAAAGUGUUGGUGUCUCAAAUACUAAUUCAUCCAAACUUAUACCUAAUGCUGUUGAACCUACUCGUCGAUUGAAAGGAAACUCAAGAAGUAGCAUCCGCUAUGGAUUACUUCAGUGA